UUUUCAUUUUUCAAAUAGUAAUGCAGCAAAAAGUAAACCAAAACCUCACUCCCUCCUUUUAACUCACAGUCCAAUCUCAGCUAAAACCCUCAAAGCAAAAAACCUCAUUCAACAAUGGCGGUAAUCACCUCUUCUUCUUCUCAACAACUCCAAGUCCACCGUUUCCCUCAAAACAACUACAUUGAUUCCCUCCGUUUUCUCCCUCAACUCUCCGCUUUUCACCGUCACAUCAUCCUCGCUACUUUCAACUCCGACUCCUCCAGCUCAUCAAUCCAAAUCCUAAAUUUAAUCCAAAAAACUUCAGAUUCAGACUCAAACUCAAACUCACCAGAAAUUACACUUCAGUCCUCACUCACAACACCUUCAAGAAUCAGUUGUCUUAAAACUUCACAAAACCCCAAUAAACCCCUUAUUGCUGCUUCCACAUUUUCGGGGCAUUUGUUGGUUUAUACAGCUGAUUUGGUUAAUGGGUCGUUGGAUUUUGUCGAUUCGGUAAAGGGGUUUCAUUUGGGUCGGGUUGCGGGGAUUGAUGUGAGUGAAAAUGGGUCGGAGUUUGUGAGUGUUGGGGAGGAUGGGAGGAUUAAUUUGGUGAGUUUUGUUGGUGGGGGGUCGAGUUCUAAGAGGGUUUUUGAUGGUAAUGGGUUGAUUUCAUAUGGGGCGGUUAAAUGGGCGUCUCCGGUGGAGUUUGUGAGUGGUGGAUUGGGGUUUGGUCUUCAAUGGUGGGAUCAACGACGGCCCGGGGGACCGGUUUCACAGUUUAAAGGGAAUUGGACUCGUGGAUCAACUUCUGGCAUUGUACAUUCAAUUGAUAUUCAUCCAUCAAGAAAGCAUACUUGUCUUGCUUGCAAGGUUGUUUCGAGUUUCACGUCUCCAAUUCUAUUGUUUUUGAAGGCUGGAGGUUCUUCUGGUACUGUGUUUGCAUGGGACCUUCGCUGGCAACAGCAGCCCAUAAUACUUGCUGGUGUCGGAACCAGUGAUUUUUCUGCCCUUUCACCAUCGGAAAGUGAUGUUUGGGAGGUCCACUAUGACAACUAUACUACUUCAUCCAACUACCGUAACAUCUCAGAAUCACGUGUUCUUCCUGCCAUGAUUUGCUCAGAAGAUGGCAUUCUUGCCGUAAUUGAACAAGGUGAAGAACCCGUUGAGCUUCUUGCUGAACCUUGUGCCAUCAACAGCUUUGACAUUGAUCGACAAAACCCCUCAGACAUUGUUUGUAGUUUGGAGUGGGAGUCGAUAGCCAUCUUGACAAGGUCUUAACUGCUGCUUAUGAAGCUGAGAACUUUGAAAGACUAGUGCUUGUGAAGCUGAGAACUUUAGCUAUAUGGCGACGGGUUAUCGUUGUUGUAUUUUGAGUUUGUUAUAUAGUUAAGCACUUCAGUUUUGGUCAUUUGUUGAUUAUGAGAAAGUCUGCUGUUUUUUUUUCUUCACUAUGAGAAAGUGUUGCUGUAAAGGAAAAAUGCUGGCAAAGCUAAAGGAAUUACAAUGCUCUUUAGGUACUUUUAUAGCAUAGAAUAUUUAACUGUUCC